AAACGUUUUCGAAAGAAAAGUGGCUCAACGUUGCGAUUUGGCAGGUUAACCGGCUUUGUCAGAGAGGAGCGACCUCAAGGCGCAGACCGGAGAGCGCGCCCACCGCGCCGAAGAGGACAGCUGCAGAGCGUAUCAAGGGACCGGCUUGGGUGGAUUGGGUUUGGCGAGCUUCCCCCACAGCCGACCGCCUCCUCGUGUGGCGAAAGAUAGGAAGGCAUCGUUGAUUGGAGUGUCCCCCAGCCUGUCGCUAUAAAUUGGAUUGACUCUCAAAUCUGCCUCGUGGAUCCUCCACGCCACCCCGUCUUCCCCCUCCCCUUUGGCCCCCCGACGACUCUUGGCUAAAAAAGAGCGCUCUCUCUCCACCUCCUGCCUGCUUUUGGCUGGACGCUGCCUGCCUGAAGGCAAACCACUGACAUCAUGACAGAGGAGUUGGCUGCUUUGGAGCUACCCGCUGGCAAGUGACCGAGUGAGGCCGCGGGGGGACUCCGACUGCCCUGGGGAAAGCGGCUUUCCCGAUCGGCCCUUCUUCUUCUUCUCCGCCUCGCAACCUCUCCGCCGGAGCUCCUCCGACUGGCCUUUUGUGCCCCCGCCGAUUCGGACGCCGUUCUCACCCAGAUCGCGCCUUCUUCGCUCCGCUUGGCACUCUUCUGGUGGGGCUUGUCCGUCGCUCCACCGAUCGCCCUGAGCUCCGCGCGUCCGAACCGACCGGCUCCCAAGCUCCCAUCUCAACCUCCGAGCGGAACUGCCCGGUGAUCGGCAUGGACGGGGCGGAUCGGAAGGGGCCCCUGACCGCCUCGCUUCUGCUUCUGCUGGUGGAGGCGUGCUGGCUGAUGCUGAGCGCCGGAGCUUCGCCGACGCCUCCCGGGGCAGCACCCCUGGACACUUGCACCUCGUGCGGCUUCCGCCGACCACCCGAAGAGCCCGGCGAAGUGGACGGCGAUUUCCUGGAGGCCAUCAAGAGGCACAUUCUGAACCGCCUCCAGAUGCGCGACCGGCCCAACAUCACCCACGCCGUGCCCAAGGCGGCGAUGGUCACGGCGCUGCGCAAGCUGCACGCCGGCAAGUUGCGCGAGGACGGGCGCGUCGAGAUCCCCAACCUGGACGGGCAGGCGAAUGGGGGGCCCGCGGCUCACCAGCAGGUCUCCGAGAUCAUCAGCUUCGCCGAGACAGAUGACCUGUCAUCCUCUAGAAUGCGCCUCUAUUUCUUCAUUUCUAAUGAAGGGAAUCAGAAUCUGUUUGUGGUUCAAGCCAGUUUGUGGCUUUACUUGAAGCUGCUUCCCUACGUUUUGGAGAAAGGCAGCCGGCGAAGAGUAAGAGUCAAAGUGUAUUUCCAAGACUCGGACACCAGCAACAAGUGGAAUGUGGUUGAAAAGAAAGUUGAUCUCAAAAGAAGUGGUUGGCACACAUUUCCUAUGACAGAAGCAAUCCAAGCUCUGUUUGAGAAAGGAGAGAGAAGAUUGAGUUUGGACAUUCAGUGUGAAGGCUGCGAAGAGUAUUCAGUGCUGCCAAUUUACGUGGAUUCUGGGGAUGAAUCCCACCGGCCUUUUUUAGUGGUGCAAGCCCGAUUGGCUGACAACAAGCACAGGAUUCGGAAAAGAGGUCUGGAAUGCGAUGGCCGGACCAAUUUAUGCUGCAGGCAAGAGUUUUACAUUGACUUUAAGAUCAUCGGAUGGACUGACUGGAUCAUAGCACCAGCGGGUUACUAUGGGAAUUACUGUGAAGGGAGCUGCCCAGCCUAUUUGGCUGGAGUCCCGGGCUCAGCUUCCUCUUUUCACACAGCAGUCGUGAAUCAGUACCGCAUGCGAGGGCUGAACCCAGGCACCGUGAACUCCUGCUGCAUUCCAACCAAACUUAGCACAAUAUCUAUGCUGUACUUUGAUGAUGAAUACAACAUCGUGAAGAGGGACGUUCCCAAUAUGAUUGUGGAAGAAUGUGGCUGUGCCUGAUCUGGAGGAGGAUGCUAGAAAGGAGUGGGGGGCAGGGAAGGUGAGGGAGGGGGGAGUGAGGAGAUUCCCCUACUGAAUGGAUCUGGACACGCUACUGCUCUUUUUCUUCCUUCUGGGCAUGGAUGUUUAAACCUUACUGCAGAGGCAACAGUGGCAAAGGCAGCAAUAGCACUGAAAAUACAUAUAAAUAUAUAUCAAUUGCACUCUGUUGUCAGGACAGUGGCAGUCAAUGCAUCCUGGACACUAAAAGUAUGCUACCACAUAUAAACUAAUGCUUUCAAAUUACUUAAUCCUACCUAUAUACCCAAAGACACAAGUGUAUGGGUGUGUGUGUGUGUGUGUGUAUACACGUACAUACAUGUACAUACACAUACUCAUAUAUACACAUACACACAGCAACAUGAACGCACACACUGCGUGAUCCAGUUUGGAAGAAGGCAUUAUGUAAAGGAGUUAAAGGUCUGCUGGUGAUAUAUGCAUACAGACCAGUAAGAUUUUUUUCUCUCUCUCUCAGCCAGCCCUAUAUUUACAAUGAAAUGUUUUUUUUAAAAAAACAAAACAAAACAAGAAAACAAUCCUAUAUGCUCAUAGACAAGCAUUUCAGUAACCAAACAAGCAACCAACUACCAUCAUUUCUAAGGUCUAAAUUAAAGCAGCAGAUUAUCUGCUCUGUGCAAGAUAAGUCCUUCUUCCUGAUGGGAAGUGUAAGAUAUGCAUAUAGCACUUCCAGGAGAGAACACACUGAUGAAACCAGUCUCUCUCUUACUAUAUGUAUGUAUGUAUGCAUGUUUGUGUGUGCAAGAGAGAGAGAAACAGUACCAUGUGAUUAAUAUCAGAAAUGGUAGCUGUAUUCUUCUGAAUGGUAGAUCGGCAUGAUUUUAUGCUUUAUUGGACAGCUAGGUUCUCUCAUGCCAUCCAUGUGAACAAUUAUCCCUGUUAUGUUGUAAAAAAAAAAAAAAAAAAAGGAGUUGGCCCUUCCUGUUCUAGUUUUGCUCAUGGUCCGUACUACAUUCACAAAAAGAUUUGCAACAUCAAAACCUGGAGUUGAAGCUCCAUGCUCGGAGUAACAGUAAGAUGACAAUGGGAACAGCUGGAGAGGACAAAAGGAAAGAGAAGCCAGUGUUAGCACAAGUAAAUGUAUGAGCCAUAAAUGAAAUCUCAAUGACAUAAUGGAUAUAUUUGGGGAAAGGAGUAGCACACAGUGUUUGAAACUGAGAAUGUUUACUACAUCCUGAGGAGGGGAAAGAGAGAGAGAAUGCACAAGUAGAGGGUAUUACAUUUAGUUUGGUUUCCAAACACUUCCAUAUCAAGGGUGGCUGCAGAGCUCAGAAAUCCAUGCUACACUAUAGCACUCACAACCUGCUUGAAUGCACGUUCCUAUAGCACUUGCAGAUUUCAAUGCCUUGACUGGUUGGUACUUGAUGGUGCACUUCCUUUUGCUCACUGUUCUCUAGAUUUAAAAACAAGUGCCGCAUGAGCUAUGCAAUUUAAAAGUGUCAACCCAAACUGGAUGAAACUGGACUGAAAUGAGACGGUACUUUUUAUAUUUUUUUUAUACUUGAAAUUAAAUCUUUUGCUUCUUUUUUUAAAAGCGAGUGAUUGGUUUUCAUGUUUGCACUGAUGUAGUUGCAUGACUUAGUCAGAAGAAACUAUCCUUUGGGGAGUGGGGGGAAAGGUUAUUUUUAUACCAACAAAACAUACUGGAUACAACGAAAAUAUAUUAUACUGAAAAGUUUGGAACCAAAGAGGCCAACAUUUUAAUUAUAAUUUUUAUCAGAUGGCAAGGCCACAGUAUCUACAGUCACACAACUAUACUGAACACUUGGCACUAAGGCCUGCCAAUUUCUUUUCAGGGUACCAAAUAGAUUCCAUUGUCUUUGGAUAGAUAUCUUCUCUAUGCCCUCAUUAUGUUGGAGACAUUCCAAGAUGUGCAUCCUUUGAAGAAGAAGAAGAAACCCCCUGAAUUGUUUAUUUAAUAAAGUUCCUUGUAGGUUCUGUUCCAUAGUAAUUUAA